UGUAGUCGUCUGAGACACCGGUGGGGCUGCCGUCUACCGCUCGUAAUACUAAUAAUAUAAUAUUAUAUUAUAUUCGCUUUCAGACUUAGCUACCGAUCGUUCGCCGUCGCUCGUGACGCGCAGCUCCCGACGACGACCGCUCUGAUUAGCACGCGAUAAAAAUAUAUUAAAAGCGACAAACGGCCAACGGGACCCACCGACGGUUUGCCAGUUAUUAGUUAUCAGUUUAUUACUAUUUACUAUUUGCUUAAAAAUACUCAAUCGUCGAAUUCGCAGUGAUCCAAUAUUUUUUUUAUUAUUUUUACAACCAAGGUAAUAUGAUAUGCGUAGGAGUGUAGGACGAUCGGCAGACUGAUGGAACAACUAUACUAAAUCUUUAACAAUUUUACACGCGUACGACUUGGUAACGUUUGUUAUUUGAAGUGUUAAAGUGCUGGAAAAUUUUUCAAAUAAAAAUUGAACGUCGUCGGUCGUCGGUGGAACUGAAAAUAUAAAAAAAAAAAUCGUCUUUUGUGCGGCCGGGAAAUGCACGUACACAACCUUGGCGCCACUGUAGGCGACUCGCACUCGCACACACACGCGAUAAAACUGGGCGUGUGUGCGUGAACGUAAACGCGAUUGUUGGGAGUGUGUGCGUAAUCGUCGUUUCAUUGUGCUGUGCUGUGCUGCUGUUUUUGCUGUCGCUGUUGUUGUCGCUGUAAGUCUCAUAUGUUUAUAAUAUGUAAGAAAUUUUUCUCGGUCACUCAAGAGGAGACGAGCUGAUCGAUAUCAAAUAUCAAUACAAUUUAUCAUCCCCCGGCGAACUGUACGUCAGAGCCGAGCAGUGAAACGCCGAGUCAACAUGUCUUUCAUCGCUAACACCGUCGGUAACCGGUCAUAGCGGUCAUCCGUAUGCGCACAGUGGUCGCUCUGCAGUUGGCCAUUCAACGAAGAUGCGCGAGUUCAAAGUGGUCGUGCUGGGCUCAGGCGGCGUGGGCAAGAGCGCCUUGACCGUGCAGUUCGUGUCUGGCCGGUUCAUGGAAAAAUAUGAUCCGACCAUAGAGGAUUUCUACAGUAAGGAGAUCGAAGUCGACAGCUCGCCGUGCGUGUUGGAAAUACUUGACACUGCUGGCUCCGAACAGUUUGCCAGUAUGCGCGACUUAUACAUAAAGAACGGACAGGGUUUUGUUGUCGUGUACAGCCUGACUAACCAUCAGACCUUCCAGGACAUUAAACCCAUGAAGGAGCUCAUCACCAGGGUGAAGGGAUCAGAACGUGUGCCCAUAUUGCUGGUUGCAAACAAAAUCGAUUUAGAACAUCAACGUGAGGUUCCAACGAUCGAGGGAAACACUCUAGCCCAGAUCUGGGGCUGUCCAUUUGUCGAGGCAAGUGCCAAGAACCGUACCAAUGUCAAUGAAGUGUUUGCAGAGAUUGUGCGUGAAAUGAAUUUCAGCAAUGACAAAGAGAAGAAGAGUUAUUGUUGCUGUACAGUUCUAUAAGCCAUAUUUUUUAGAAUUUUGUGUUUUGUGUGCAUCAAUCAAUGUCAAAUGUUGCUGGUGAUUUCAAUUUUUAUCAGAAAUACGUCAAAAUUCACAUUCAAUAGUAUUGGUGUCAGGAACUGUUCUCACUACAAUUAUUUACAUAUCCAGCUU